UAUUCAGUGCGCUGCCAGUCAAACAGUCCAGACAAUUCUGACUACUCCGGUUUGCACACUUCCAACUCACGCCGAGUACUACCAGUGCUCCGCCGCUCGCCGAAUCCAGCUCACGCCCGGCCGCGAUGCGCCCGCACGCCACGGGCGUCGAGAAGGCGACCGUGCCGUACGGCUCCUGGGAUUCGCCGAUCAGCGCCGUCGCCGUCUCCUCCGCCGGGAAGACCGUCGAGGGGCUCGCCGUCGCCGGCGACGGCCGGCUCCUCUGGGUCGAGACGCGCCCCGAGGAAGGAGGACGCGCGGUUCUCGUGAAGGAAGGGGCGGGCGCAGACGGCAGAGGUUCGGAUGUGACGCCGCAGGAGUUCGCCGUGCGGUCCCUGGCGCAGGAGUACGGCGGUGGCGCGUUCGCCGUGCAGGGGGAUGUCGUCGUGUUCUCCAAUUACAGCGACCAGCGCCUGUACAAGCAAACCGUCGGAGAUAAUUCACCACUACCUCUGACACCGGAUUAUGGUGGAUCGGUUGUCCGCUAUGCGGACGGUGUCUUUGACCCUCACUUCAAUCGUUAUGUCACUGUAAUGGAAGAUCACCGCAAGAGUGGCUCAAAUCCCAUCACAACAGUUGCUGCUGUGAGCACAAGUGUUGAAGAUGUUAAUGAACCAACUGUGCUGCUCAGUGGGAAUGACUUCUAUGCCUUUCCACGCAUUGAUCCAACUGAAAAACGCAUGGCAUGGAUUGAAUGGAGUGACCCAAACAUGUCAUGGGAUAAAGCAGAACUAUGGGUUGGAUAUUUCUCCAGCAAAGGAGAGGUGGAAAAACGUAUUUGCAUUGCUGGUGGAGACCCAAUGAUAGUAGAAUCUCCUACUGAACCCAAGUGGUCUUCAAAAGGUGAACUGUUCUUCAUAACUGACCGACAGAGUGGAUUUUGGAAUAUUUAUAAAUGGGAUGAGCAGAGCAAUGUGGUCGUGCAAGUGUACUCACUUGAUGCUGAAUUCUCGAAGCCAAUGUGGGUUUUUGGUGUCAGCUCCUAUGCUUUCCUCGGAAAUGACGACCAGAGUCAGAAAAUAGUUUGCUGCUACAGGCAGAAUGGGAAGUCAUAUGUUGGGUUGCUGGACCAUGAUUCAGGGUCAUUUUCAAAAAUUGACCUUCCCUUCUCUGCUGUAACUAACAUAGUUUCUGCAGAUGGAUCUUUCUAUGUUGAAGGUGCAUCUGCUAGUCUUCCAGUAUCGAUAGCAAAGGUGACACUAGAUGAAAAGAGAACAAUGGCAACUGACUUUUCUAUAGUUUGGUCCUCCUCAGAGGACAUAAAGAAAUAUACACCCUACUUUAGUUUGCCUGAAUUUAUGGAGUUCCCAACCGUAAUCCCUGGCCAGCAUGCUUAUGCUUAUUUCUAUCCUCCAUACAACCAUACUUUCCAAGGUUCAUCAGAUGAGAAGCCUCCGUUAUUGGUCAGAACCCAUGGUGGACCUACAGAUGAAGCACGUGGGAUUCUUGAUCUUAGUGUGCAAUACUGGACGAGCCGAGGAUGGGCAUUCGUUGAUGUUAACUAUGGGGGAAGUGCAGGCUAUGGGAGGGAGUAUCGAGAGAGGCUUUUAGGGCAAUGGGGUGUUGUGGAUGUAAAUGAUUGCUGCAGCUGUGCUACAUUUCUGGUGGCAACUGGAAGAGUAGACGCGCAACGACUCUGUGUAACAGGGGAAUCUGCUGGUGGAUUCACAACUUUAGCUUGCCUUGCUUUUAGACAGACGUUCAAGGCUGGUUCUUCUUUAUACGGGAUUGCUGACUUAGCUUCAUUAAGGGCAGACAUGCACAAGUUUGAGGCGUACUAUAUUGACAACCUUGUGGGGAAUAAGCAGGCUUACUUUGAGAGGUCGCCAAUAAACUUCGUUGAGAGAUUUACAUGUCCGGUCAUUUUGUUUCAAGGAUUGGAUGACCCGGUUGUAUCACCAGAUCAGGCAACAACGAUAUACAAGGCUAUAAAGGACAAAGGUCUGCCUGUUGCUUUGGUUGAGUAUGAAGGGGAACAACAUGGUUUCCGCAAGGCUGAGAACAUCAAGUUUACCUUGGAGCAGCAGAUGAUGUUCUUCGCAAGAUUGGUGGGGCACUUCAAGGUGGCAGAUAACAUUGCUCCAAUCAAGAUAGACAAUUUUGAUAAAGCCUUGUGAUUGUUUCAAAGAACAAUCGAGAGUCGCUCGGUUGAUGAGGGUGUGUCAACACGCCCACCAGAUUUUAACCUCCAUGAGGCAGAAUAAAGGGGGUGGACUUCCUGGAUUGUCGCAUUUCCUUGUAAUCGUUUUAAAGAGCUGCGCCAUGUAUGCCGUUUAAGCAUCAACUAGUGAACUUUUUCUUUCGGCUUGGUACACCUCUGGACCAAGUUUCAGUAGUAAAGCAAAGGGUUGCUUAGCAUUUCCCAAAAUAUUGUGCCAGGAGACUUUAUUUGAGUGAAGAGAGAUGUGGCAUUAUGGUUUAUUGUCACUGCGGUGUUUAGAUUCAGGGUUUUGCAAAGCAACUUCCCUAUGAAGUCGAGACCGCUUUGAAAUCAA